AUGGAAAACGAAAAUUCCGAUCAAACGGCUACAUCAAAUCCCACUGGUAGCAGGUCUUCGAGCCAGUCGUCAGGUCGAACCUCUCGCAAUGCGUCGAGCAUUGAAACGAGUGUAACGAAACUUCUAAUGUCGACAAAGCAGCUGUUACAACGGCUCACACAGUGGUCAAAAGGACAGGCAAAUGAAAAGAACGUUUCAGAUGCAUAUGUACAACUAGGGAACGAUUUCAAAUUGGUCACGAAGCAAUUUACCCACGCAGGAUUAGAGGUCUCUGAUUUGGGUGAUCUUCCGUCCAGCUUACGGCAGGUCUUGGAGGUGGCCUUGCGAGAAAAGCCAUCAGAAGAGACUUUAGACAAGUAUCUUCCUAGCAUUCGGGAGAUUGUGGUUACCCUUCUAGACAAGCUCAAGGUCAAGCAAACCCUACUCAAGAGCACAAGAAAUAGUGUUAAGCCCCCCUACGUCACUCCCAGGACAUCUCGUUCUGGUGUAUCUUCAAAUGCUGCAUCUGGUAAAUCUACGCCGACUCACAGAAGCUCGGAUUCUGUAAGUGAGAAGGGACAGCCGUCACGUUCCAGGUCUCCAGCCGCAACUAGCACACCAACUAAGGAAAACAACACACCGCUCCUCGUUAAGAAGCAACGUGAAGAUCAGGAUGCAGCCCUGGCUCAACUCAAAAAAAGCGAUACGUUGCAGAGAAGAGCAUCGAAAAGAUUCUCGGCAUAUCACAUGGCAAAGCUAAGUCAUCAGUCUACAAGCGAGGCUGCAGCUUUGGCGACUCCUCCAAAAUACGUCGGCGAUGGUUGGAACAAUCAUGAUUAUAAUCUGCACACAGUCCCCGCGACAAAUAAUGCGGAACAAUCGGCAGCCGUACCGAACAACGACAUAUCGAUCGAGGCGGAAGAUGCAGAAAAGCGCGUGAUGGUAUUUUUGACACUGGAAGGAAGGACCAAACAGUCUUUCGUAUCACUGCCGGCAUCUUUCAAUACCCUCAAACUUCUUUUCGUGGAGAAAUUUACUUAUACACCUGGGUCCAGUAGCUUUCCUGAAAUUUGCAUCAAAGAUCCUGAAUACGACGUUUUUUACGAGCUGGAAUCGGGGCAUCUGGAUAAAAUUAAAACCGGGUCCGUCUUAACUUUACAAACUUCUGGCAUGUCAUCCCCAGACGAAAAAAGUUUGACUGGACUUUUGCAAAGUUUCGAAGAGCGUCUAGGAACCAAGCAAGAAGCUCUGCUUGAGGAAAUACAAAGAAUAAGGGACUUGGCUCCAUCGCGUCAGGAACCGCUUUCUCAACUACCAGGGAAAAAGCCGGAUGAGGUCUUCCAAGUGGAAAUUGAAAAUCUGAGACGGCAGCUUGCCGUUUUACUUCAGAUUCAUAACGCUAAGACAAAGAUCUACGAGGAAAAGAUCGCUCAUAUUCUGGCAAAAGUCUCUAAAUUCAAGAGUCUGUCGUUCAACUCGUCUACCUCUGCUAAUCGCGUUUACAUGGAAAAAAGCCAUUUAAAGCUCUCUGAGGUUUCUGACGGGCUACUUGGCAAAGUGGAUGACUUACAAGAUGUGGUGGAAGCACUAAGAAAAGAUGUCGCCGUAAGAGGAGCGAAACCUUCUAAGAAGAAACUUGAAGCUGUUGGUGCAGAGUUGGCAGAGGCUCUAAUUUGUUUGCACAAAAUGGAUCAACAUAUUUCGCUUGAGAAGCCAAACUGGAAGAAAAUCUGGGAAAGUGAACUUGAAAAGGUUUGUGAAGAGCAACAAUUCUUGACCUUGCAAGAAGACCUGGCUUUCGAUUUCAAGCAGGACCUUGAUAAAGUUCAGGAGACUUUCGACCUCGUCAAUUUGUGCUGUGAGGAAAAGGAGAAAAAUCCCAAAAAAACUAACAAUCCUGUUUUACCAAUUGCAAAACCUGGGACGUUUAAUCAACUAAGGGAUGCUAUGUUAAGCGAGGUUGCGGCGCUAGAACCAGAUCACAAUGAAAGACUCGAAGCAAUAGCGAAGGCGGAGAAAUUGCGGAACAAGGAGAAAAACUACCGAGACAACAGCGAAUUUGAAGAUGAACUGGGUACCUUUGUUGUUUCCCAUAAUUUCAAAAAAGCUGGCGGCAUAAGCGAAAUAGAUAAAGAGCGGCAAAGGAGAGAUGAGGAAAAUUUGCGAGCGAAUUUCAAGCCGAUGACGACUUAA